AUGUCCGAAGCUGGGCCACGAAUUGCACGGGAUGCUGUGAUUGUGGUGGUCAAUAUGGUCGACCCAGUUCGGAGUGCCAUUAGGAAGGCUCAUUGGUUGUUCCCGGAAUCCCAUGCCAAUGACGCUAGCCUCCGCGUUAAAUGGCUGAAGUAUCCUGAAUGGGAGAUUUAUUUGGACGAACAAUGCUCGUAUUCCUCUCAGAAGCAUUUUCUAAGAGCCCUUAUCCGUGGAGCUUACCAAUACAUUCACUGCGAGAGAGAGUGGCUCUCUAGCAUGGAACUUUUGGGGGAGGUUUCCGAGGUGAAGUAUGAAUUUGAAAUAGUCUCCUGCAGAGAUGUGUACGAAAACCUUGGAUAUGAACCCAUUGAGCCUGAUGAACGGGAUAUGAGCAAUCCUCGUACACCUAUUGUCGGUCUGAGCGAUGACUACUAG